AGUUUUUUUUACUCAGGACUGUGCUAUAAAGCAGUAACCUAUUUAUACCUGUAAAUUCAACAGCUCACGUCAACUGCGCCGUUCCCGGGGGAUUUUUAUAAGCCUGGAAUUUUCGUUUACCACCCACCCCUACGUGUGGGUACCAAGAAGGUAAUUCUAUCUAUCACUUUUGUUCAGUCCUGUUACGACGAGGAGAUUAGAGAAGAGCCAUGGCAUUACAAACUGGCGUGAACACCUCCAAGGUUCUCAUCCUUGUUGGAGCUGGUUUGACUGGUUCUGUUGUUUUGAGGAGCGGGCAAUUGGCUGAUGUUAUUGCAAAGCUUCAGGAAGUGCUGAAGGGUGUUGAUCAAGUUGAGAUUUUGCCAGGUGGAUAUGAUGCCUCGGUUAUUUCUGCUCAGAUUCGGCAGCUAGCACAAGAGAUUAAGGAGUUGACCUUAUCUAGGCCUAUUACUGUCUUCAAUGGCAAUUCUUCUUCUAAUGGAUCCGAGUACGGGGAAGACGAUUGGAGCGGGCGGUGAGUCACGAGGUCUCUACUAUCUGCAUGCACCCUCUGCUCCAGUUGCAUGCUCUCUCACAGAGUCUCCUGAGCUUCUCCAUAGCCGUCUGGGUCAUCCAAGUCUCUCGAAGCUUCAGCAUAUGGUUCCUUUUUUG